AACUUUCCUCCUUUCUUUGCAUAUCUCUUUCUAUCUCUCUCACACAAAAACAUAACAUGAUCAAACCACACGUAGACAAUCUAUGGCUCAUAACUCUAGUCUCCAAAUGCAAAUCCCUCUCUCCUUCAAACGCCAUAAUCUUGGCAUUUGUCUUCUUCCUAUCAUGGCUAAUCCUCCACAUCAUCUUCUGGGCUCACCCCGGCGGCUCCGCCUGGGGCCGCCUUCGGUGGUCGAGCCCCUUCUCUCGGGCCGGGGCCAUCCCCGGCCCGAGAGGCCUCCCUGUGGUGGGCAGCAUGUCGCUCAUGGCCGGCCUGGCCCACCGCAGACUGGCCUCCGCGGCUGAAUCCCACCAGGCUAAGCGCCUGAUGGCGUUCAGCCUAGGGGAGACGCCUGCGGUCGUCACGUGCGACCCUGAGGUCGCACGUGACAUCCUGAACGGGUCGGCCUUCGUGGACCGGCCGGCGAAGGAGUCGGCCUACGAGCUGAUGUUCGGCCGGUCCAUGGGGUUCGCCCCGUACGGGGUUUACUGGACGACGCUCCGGAGGAUCGCCUCCGGCCACCUCUUCUGCCCGAAGCAGCUCAGGGCUUCGGCCGGGAGGCGGUUGGAGAUUGGCGAUCAGAUGGCGGCGGCGGUGAUGGAAGACGGUGGUGGUGUGGUUCGAGUGAGGGAUGUGUUGAAGGUGGCGUCGCUUAACAACAUGAUGUUCACUGUGUUUGGGCGGCGGUAUGUUCUUGAUUCCGGUAACGGGGAGACGGCGGAGCUGAGGGAGUUGGUGGAGGAAGGGUACGAUUUGCUCGGCCGGCUCAACUGGUCCGACCACUUGUCGUUUUUGUCGGAUUUCGACUUGCAGAGAAUCCGGCUCCGGUGCUCCAUGAUGGCGCCCCGGGUAAACCGGAUUGUGGGCCGGAUCAUGGCCGAGCACGAGAGGCGAGACGGAGAUCAUGACUUCGUAGACGUCCUUAUGUCGCUUCAAGGGCCCGACCGGUUGUCGGAACCCGACAUGAUCUCACUUCUCUGGGAAAUGAUAUUCAGAGGGACAGACACAGUGGCAGUCCUGAUGGAGUGGAUACUAGCCAGGCUCGUGCUGCAUCGCGACGUUCAGUCAAAGGUGCAGCACGAGCUGGACGAGGUGGUCGGGAGCUCGCGCCAGGUCGCAGAGUCUGACCUGACGAAGCUCCCUUAUUUGACGGCUGUCGUCAAAGAGGUCCUGCGCCUGCACCCGCCCGGGCCGUUGCUCUCGUGGUCCCGUCUCUCGAUCCGGGACGCGACGGUGGACGGCCACCUCGUCCCCGCGGGGACCACGGCUAUGGUCAACAUGUGGGCGAUAUGCCGGGAUCCAGACAACUGGCCCGACCCGCUAACCUUCAAGCCCGAGAGGUUCCUCUUGGGCGCGGAGAUUGCGGAUAUGACGCUGGCGCCGUUCGGGUCGGGCCGGAGGUCGUGCCCGGGGAAAGUAAUGGGAAUGACGGCGGUGAGCUUUUGGGUGGCGAGGCUUUUGCAUGAGUUUGAUUUUGCGGCAGCGGGUGACGUGGAUUUGUCGGAGGAGAUGAGGCUGUCUUGUGAAAUGAAGAAGCCGCUGGCGGUGGCGGUGCGGCGCCGGCGGGAUAGAGGCGUUGGAGCAGUGAAAGUUUAAGGAAAAGGGAUCAUGAUAGCGACAAUAUUGGAGAAUAUAUGUAUCUAUUGCUAUAAAUAUUUGAAUGUGGCGUGAUGUCAUCACUGCAUUUUGAUGUAACUUUUGGAUUAUUAUUUUAUGACUAUGUAUUUGUAUAAUGUGGAAAGUAGUAAGGGAAAAUCGCGUGCAAUAUUUUACUUCA